GUGGCAAAGGCCGCGGCCGAGGAGGAGGCAAAGGGGAUCGCCGCCCUCCAUCGGACGACGACGCCGACACCGCCGACAAGGACAAGGAGUCGGCCCAGGAGCGGCUCGCAACACUGCGAGGCCGCCUGCGCGACCUGCGCGCGCAGAGUGAGGAGCCAGGCAUGGACUUCCUCAAGCAAGCAGCUGAUCGGAUGCAGCAGGAGGUCGAGCAGCUGCAGGCGCAAAAAGAAAACUCAGUACCAGUCUACUACACGGAGGUGCAGGUCAACAGGCAGCUCCGUGGCCUACGGCAGAAACACACCAAGAUCGAGAAGCGGCUCCAGGAGCUCACCAAGCAACAGGAGGAGCUCACCAAGACCGUGGAAUCCGAAAACAACAAGCUGGAGACCGCCAAAAAGAAGAUCUCCGAGCUCGAGGCCAAGGCCAAGCAGUUGGCCGAGGCACGCCAGCCCGCGGCAGGCGCCGGCGAGAUUUGGGCCACCGCCGCGCAGCACCUCAAGGCCGCGGUCGACACGCUCAAAAAGGUCACCGAGGGCGCCGAGGCCGACCCGCACACGGAGCAGGUCGUCAAAGCGCUCGCCCACGCCGAGAAGAAGCAACAGGAGAGCAAAGACAGGGCAAGGUCCAUGUCCAUCGAGCGCGGCAAACGGCGCAAAGACGCGGAGGCCGAGACAAUCGCCGUCCUCCCCGCCAAAGCCAGCGCUGAAGCCAUCGAGACCCAGCUCAUGGGCAUCGGGGUUCCCGAAGCAGAGGCCAAGACCCACGCUGCUCAGCUUGCUCCUGUAAUGGGUAACAUGCAAGACGGCUACACCCUUGACUUCAAGAGGCAACACGACGCUAGAGCAGUUAUCUGCGCGCAGGAGCUGCAGCUCACAUCGGACAAAAUCGACGAGUGGAGCAAGCACAAGCACACCCAGGGCUGGAAGACCGCCGUGGACUCCCCGGGCAGACUCGCAGUCGCCUGGGUCGACACGGGCGCUGCAGGCGGCAUGGCAGUGGCAUCUUGCUACCUCUGGUGCAGCGAAGGACCUACCAGGAGAAAUCUCAACAUCCUGGGGAGGUUUGCGGCGAUCGUGGAGGUCACAAAACUUCCGUGGCUGCUUGCGGGGGACUUCAACAUGGACCCGCAUACCAUCGCCAAGACGGGCAUCCUCGCGCGCAUGGGAGGCCAGAUCGUCUACGACAGCGACCGUGGCACGUGCAAGGUGCCAGACAAGCCCGAGAGCGUCAGGGACUAUUUCAUCGUCUCCCACGCGCUGCUGGGCAAGGGAACGCGGGCGCACGUCCUCACCGCCAUGGCGGUCGAGGCCCGCUGCUCGCCGCAUUCGCCAGUCCAGACGCAGCUGGGCAGGCGCUCGCCGGACAGGCUAAUCCAAGUAAUGGACAGGCCUAGGCGUUGGCCGCUGGAGAUACCAAUCGGGUGCUGCCGCGAGCCGCUCGACUGGCCACCUGUGCUGAGCGAGAGCGAAGCACUGGGCGCGAGGCCAUCCCAGGCCAGGCACAGCAUUGACCAGUGCUGGGAGACGCUCGCAGACACCUACGAGAAGAACCUCAACAGGUACUUCACCUUCGAUGGCAAAGACUUCAGCAGCCGUACUGGGCAUUUCGUCCGCUACGGCGCCAAGUGGGUCUCCCUCAGACCACCUCGCCCCUGCCGAAGGGGCGCGCCUGACGAGGCUACGCUGGCAGCUGAAUGGGCGCACUUCCGGCUCCAGCACCUCAACGAGGCGGCGGCCGAGUCUAUCAAGUGCGGCACGGCGGAGGCGCUGCAGCUCGUCCAGACGAGCUACGCCAAGCUCAUCCAUUUGGAUUUCGCGGCGCUGCCGGGAGAUUGCCCGUGGGCCGCAGUCAAGGCCACCCUGCUUCGCGACGGCCAAGCGGUCGCCAGCCUGGCCGCCAGCAGGGAGUACAUCGGAUACUGGGCAAGCCAGGCCAAGCGCAUCGCCGACGACCUCAGGAAACAAGCCCUGAAGCGGACGAACGAGGCCUGGCGUGAGCGGGUACAGGAACACUCGGACGGGGGAGCGGGCCCGCUGCACAAGUGGACCAAGCCAGAUACCCAGUGGCAGCCAUUGGCGCCAUCAGACGCAGGAGCGGCAGACCUCCAGAUCGCUGUGCACCCACAGGUCGCGGCCGAGGGGGUCCUCGCCACGUGGGAGAAGGUUUGGAAGGAGGAGUGCGACCACGACGCCCCGUGGCUGCAGCCGCCCAGCCCUGACGAGCCCGAGCUAGACCCCAUCACCGUCGAGAUGGUCGCGCAGGCCAGCAGGCAGUUCAAGCAGCGGACGGGGCUCGGGGUCGCGGGCUGGCACCCGCGCCUGUGGAUCACAGGCGGUGCUGAGGGGCUCGCGCGCGUGGCUGCAGUCCUCGCAGCCAUCGAGAAAGGAGAAGCCUUCGCCAUCACCCUGAUCGAUUUGAUCAAGUGCUUCGAAUACGUCAAGCACCACCUGGUAUGGAAGGCGGGCCUCCACUGGGGGUGCCCGACACGCCUCCUCCGGGUCACUCUCCGCGUAAACUCCAUGAUGCGGAGAGUCGUCCUCGACGGGGCAGUGGCAGGCGGCAGGGAGUGGGCGCGGGGGCUAGUGGCAGCAUCGGUCUACGCGCCCGUGGGGCUCAAGAUGGCCCUAAUGGGAGAGCUCGACCUCGUCCGCGCCGUCUUCCCCAGCAUCGACCUGCGCGCGCACUACGACGACCUCGCCGUCGCCAACCAUGCGGGCCGCGACAGAGCCGCGGGCCGCCGCCGGCGAGUGGGGGCCCAAAGCAAGCGGAUCAAGACCUCCCAGAAGCGCGGCCAGAAGCUCAAGCGGCUACGACGCGCCGGUGGGCAGCAGGGAGUACAGAAGAUCGUCACAGCCGCCAAUGUCCCGACGACGCUCUACGGGACCACGGUGGUCGGCGCCUCGGACACCGUCAUCCAAGAUCUGAGGCAAGCUGCAGCCAUGGCCUACCCUGGCUGCAGAGCGGGCAG